AUGGAGCUUGGUAGAAGUCAUCGACAAAAACUUGUGAAAUUGCUCCACUCUUUCACGGAGACUGAAUCUUUCGACAUCCACAAAUCCUGCAGAAAAUACUGGACCGAGGACCUAGACAAUGUUAAAUGGAGAGGAAGAACAGUAGAACAAGGGUACCUUGAUAGACUACCUUACUCUCGGGCUACGGUCGAAAAGAACUUCAGACUGCAUCCGGUUGGGUCCUUCCUCUUCCAUAAGUCGAUCAAAGACACCAUAGAACCACUUACAAGCUCCUCCCCAGCAGUUCCGGUCGGAGGGAUCUGUCCUGCUGCGAACCUUGGAAUGCUUUUAGUCUUGCUGAAUCUGGCCCAUAUUAUACGGACUUGCAAAGCGAGAUUCGAUGACGUCGAUGUGCAAGAAAGCAUCGGGGUGAGGUUGCGGAAACCGAACCCUCUGACCCUGCAGGUGUCACCUAGCUUAGUCCAUGAAGGUGUAUACUGCAGCUAG